GUGCCAUUUUAUGAAGACAUUUUGACUGCGUUCGACAAUUGUCCAAUAUGUUUGGAACCAUUCCAGGAUGGUUCUUUUGUGUUUGAGUUACAGUGUGGUCAUGUUUUUCAUCCACAGUGUAUUGACGAAUGGUUCAGAAACGCGAGGUCCUGCCCAGUGUGUAGG